AUGGACCGAAUCCCUGGCGCACCACCAGUACUGAAGGUCCCGGACUUCAAGAAGUACACUCAAUUGUCGUACAAGUCGUGUGUUGCACCAGAAUUAAUCCCAAAGCGGUUUAAAAUGCUUGAAGUGCCAAAGUAUGACGGAACUUCAGACCCUCAGGAGCAUAUUACCACCUACACAACAACGGUAAAAGGAAAUGAUCUAGCUCCUCACGAAAUUGAAUAUGUGUUGUUAAAGAAAAUUGGAGAAACUCUCACGAGGGGAGCUUUGACGUGGUAUUCACUAUUACCCGAGCAUUCCAUAGAUUCCUUUGAAAUGCUCGCAGACUGUUUCAUCAACGCCCAUGCUGGGGCCAGAAAAAAGGAAAGAAUAUUGCUCCCGGCUGUCCUGGAUGAAUGGACAACUGAAGCAUUCACCAAAGGACUGAAUCCGACAAGUUCAGACGCCUCCCAAAAGUUGAAGGAAAGCCUGCUUGAGUUUGAAGCAACGACUUGGGCGGAUGCCCACAACUGGUACGAGUCAAAAAUAAGGAUCAAAGAUGAUCAGACUAAAAGCCGUGGCAGAGGCUUCCGGAUAGCAUACAAGUUCACCAUUAACAGAAGGACCGAUCGCGGUCGGAACAACAGAUCACUACAGGAUAAAGAAACGUCAGGGUCACGGGAUCCUUCUUACCCCAAGUUAUCGGAAUACAACUUCAACGUUAGUGUAGUGGAAUUGGUCUCAGCCAUGAGAAACAUUAAAGAGGCACGGUUUCGGAGACCGAUGAGAUUUGACCCCAGCAAAAGGGAUCCCAACUUAUGGUGUAAAUACCAUGGGAUGAAUGGCCACCAGACUAGUGACUGCCGACAUCUUCGGAAAGAAUUGAAAACACUAUUGAAUAAUGGUAACCUCAGAGAGUUCUUAAGCGACCGAGCUAAGAACAAUUAUGGUCGUAACAGAGACAACGCAGAACCCUCAAAAGCAGGAGAAGAACCCCCACGCUAA